GCGAAAAUAGGAGGAAGGAAAGAGAAAUAGGAAAAAAACACAGAAAUAAACGAAUGGUAUGGAACGAAAUGAAAUAUAAUGGAAACGUAAGGACACACCGAAGGAAGGCUCUCUAUUCUACAAUCAGAAACACCCUUCUUCUAUUCACUGAAGUAAAUUAGAAAAGAAAUCCAAUCUGUUCACGGAACACAGGAACUAAAGCUAGCUAUCACAUAUGUUUACAUUCCAGCUUGAGCGUUCCGUAGGUCUGACUGAGUAACAAAAGAAUCUACAAAGAAGAUAUCAAAUGGUUUUAUUUAUGUUGACGGGACACGGACAAUCAUCAUUAACAAAGGGUUUGUGCGAGUCACUCGUACGACUAUAUGCCAAAUAACCAAAAUAAGAUUAACAAAGUCAGUCUUUGAAACGCCGAGGACACAAAGACUGAACUUCAACAAUGUCGAAUUGAUUCAGCGCCUAACAGGAAAGUGCUGAGAUUUGCCCCCUUGGGCACAUCAGACCGGUAAUCGUAUUCCCGAAGAUUUAAAACAGCUUUAAGAACAGACUUCAAUCCUUUUUUCAGUUCCGACUGUUUUUUGUUUUUGUUUUUUUCACCAUUUAAAUCGAAACAUCGUAGCUGUGAUUUUAGUAAGUCAUCACGACUGCGGCUGAGAGCGAGGAAACCUUUUUGGGGAAAUAUAAUCAGAUAUAUUUAUCGCUGUCGAAAAGCUUCGUUUGAGUCUGACUUGAAUUGAAUACUUGCAGUUUUGUCUUUGAACUAAUUUGAAGAAUUUAAUCAAUGUUUCAGUCUCGAAAACUACGAAGAUAAGAAGGUUUGGUCGUCUAAAAUCAAGAUCGAUAUGAUCAUCUUCGAUAAGACGAAUGGCUAAUGGUUUCCGCCAAUCGAAAUGUAGAAGAUUAAAACUAUCGGCCUUCAAGCAGAGUAUAGUCAUAAAAAUAACAUUACACUCCUCGAAGAAAAAGCAAGUAAAACGAUAAAAUAGAACAGCACUAGAGGAACUAAUCAAGAUAUAACUCUAGGAAUCAGAAAGAACUGCAAACCAAAGCAAAUCAAAUCAAACCAAGUCAAAUAAUAUUACACUCCUUGAAGGAAAACCGACUAAAUAGGACAGCAAGUAAAAUGACUAAAUAGAACCGCACUAAAGGAAUCAAGGAAUCAAUAGGAAUCAAAAACAACUGGGAAUCAAAGUCACUUUUUUACUAAACUGAGACAUUUUGAAAACAGCUGUUGUUUCGAGUCGAGAUAAACAGAAGCGUGAAGGAGUAAUCAUCCAAGCCAAGUAAAAACAAAUAUUUGACCUUCUAAUCACUAUGGACGGCGCGCGAACUGCCGAGAUCUAUCUGAAUCUGACUGAUAACGUAACGGCGACAGCCCCCCUUGAUUCCACAUCAAGUCACGUGAUCUUCAAGAUUUUUUGUGUAGUGUCAUACAUUGUGAUUAUUAUUGCAGCAACGCUAGGCAACAUUCUGGUAUGCAUCGCCUUCUUCAUGAGCCAGACACUUAGGAAGUAUCCUACCAACUAUUUCAUACUGUCUCUCGCUGUUUCUGAUCUGCUUACGGCUACAUUGUGCAUUCCGUUUGACGCGGAACAAACGCUGACCAACUGGCAGUGGGCUCAUGGUCCAUUCCUGUGCUCUGUUUGGACUACGGUUUAUUUAUUCGCGGUGCCUUCGUCCGUGUUGAGCCUUCUUGCCGUCAGUGUAGAUCGCUAUAAGGCGCUCAGUGAUCCAUUAAAUCGGUUCAGACAACAACGCUUCAUGACACGAAAGCGCGCAUGCGUGAUAAUUGCUGCGCUUUGGAUCUACUCGUUCGUCUUCGCUCUUGUACCUGAGAUAGGUUGGAAAAUGUACGCAGAGAAUUUGAUGUACGGAAUGUGCUACUUCAACACAACGGAGCAUUAUUCCAUCAUCAGUUCCUUCCUCAACUUCGUCUUCCCCGUCAUCGUCAUGUGUAUACUCUACUUCAGAAUAUAUCAGAUCGCCAAGAAAACGCGCAGAGCACACCGAGGCGCAAGCGAUAUAUCGAACUUUUCGUGCAACAGGAACUACGCACGAAGCCGCAAACGCCUGAACAAGAACAUCAAGACGACGAAAAAUAUUCUGAUCGUUGUGUGUACAUUCUUCUUCUGUUGGGUUCCUUUCACGGCGUACAGCCUAAUCGGUAUUUUCUGCAAGSCAUGUUACAUGUCUACACCUGAGGAGAUGUCCAGUAUCCUUCUCAUCCUUGGAUAUUCUAACUCUGCUUUAAAUCCUUAUCUUUACGCUUUCCGAAAUAACAAGUUCAAGGAAACUUACAUCAAGGCUCUCAGGACUCUAAGUGUCAUGCGCGAACGAACGUUUUCGUCACGCCGAAGUURUGGUCACACAACACCUAGCGUGUUAUCUGACAGUAACUGUCACGCAAGAAACGUGCAGCUGUCUACUUUGAGAUCUCAAGGUAGUUUUCAAGCCAACUAGACGCCAUAAAGAUGAUCAUGGAAACAGAGAACACAGAACCGGAAAUGAAUUUGGAAUUUUAAAACACUUGAACAUGGGAUAUACAAUAUGGAAUAUAAAAGUGUUAACUGACAAGAUUGUUCUAAGUCUUCCGUUACUCUUCAAACUUAUGCAUUAAAAAACCCUCAAAAAUGUCAGAUCAAACUUGUCACUAAUGACGGGAGCGUUAGCAUAUCAUAAUGAAUAAAAUACAUUUACUAACUACCUCGCUUCUCAUUAGCCGAGGGCUCUCGGCCAAUCCAUGAUAUCGUGUAAACUCGACAUGAUAGAUACAAUAUCAUUUCCUGAAGAUAUUAUUUAUUAUAUUUAUUGCGUCAAGUUCAUUCAAGGUCAUUAUGGAGAUUGAAAAUCUUUGCUAUUUCUUUGAAAGCAGAAUCAAAUAUUUAAUCUUAUACUCAUUAAUAAUUCUUAUUUGUACCACGUGCAGUAGUUUGAAACCCCCAUCAAAUACGACCGCACUCAUUUCAAAGUUCUAGUACUUUGAUAUAUUUCAAAGUCCUACUACUCGGACUUUGAAAUAUUUCAAAGUACUAGAACUUUGAAAUAAAAACAAACAUAGCAAAAAGAGUAUAAGAUGUCAUGUCAAAUACUCGUCAUUGUAUUCUAUUGGGUACGCCUCGGCAUUUGAAAUUCCACUCGGAUUUUGAAACCCCAAUAAAAUACCGCAACUCGUAUUUGAAACAUUAUUUCUUAGUUUACAAAAUGUAUAAUAAAACAAUUAUUGAAUUCGGUUUUCGCAUGAUAUCGUAAAUUAUAACUAUAUAUAAUUAUAUAUUAAGAUAUAUAAUACAUUUCAAGCUUGGUAAACAACAUGCAGCAUUGUAGCAUGCAACAAAACCAACACCAACCUUCUUGAAAUAGCUGUAUAUAUGUACAGAUGUGUAUACAGCUAUUUCAAAAAGGUUGAAUACUGAAUAGUGCAUACUGAAUAGUGCAUUCUAAGACCAAAGGGCAUUGUGGGUCUCGUUAAUUUGAAAUAAAAAGUAAGUAUACGGCAAUUAACUCUCCACAUGUAGUUAGUAUAUUGUUUCAGAUGAAAUACACUAAAAAUAGAAUAAAUUAUUAUUAAUCCUACUUUAGACAAUGCCACUAUGACCCACAAUGCACCUCGGUCUUGGAAUGCACUAUUCAGUAUUCUGUAUGCAGUAUUCAACCUUUUUUGAAAUGACUGUAUGUGAUAGAAUCUUAGUGUUAGCGACGCCGAUGUGAUUAUAGUACGUAUUUACUGACAUAAAAAAAUAUGAAAAGUAUGAAAUAUAAUAUAGACACCAUAUCAACUUCAUCACAAACAUAAAAAAUAUGCAGCAAUAAGUCAGAUAGCUAUCGAAUAUUAUACUGAGGGUUAGCCUUAGGUUAGCCUCGACUUUGUAUAGAAUAUUCAUAUGUUCCAGUGAAGGUCAUGAAAUUUCCAAGUGUUCGUAUUGUUGUACUUGUGCAUUUUUUUAUUUUACCGUUGGUAUUUGUUAAUAUUUAGACACUGAUUUGAGGCUAACCCUGUACAAAUGAGUCUGUAAUUAAGAAACACAACGCUAAUUUAAACCUCGAAUUAACUAACAAAAUCGUAGAAAUUAGUGCAAAAAUUCAGAAGUCUACAGUCUACUGAAUUAACUAAUGUUUGUGCAAAUUUUUGGAAUUUCUUACAAAGAAUUUCAGGGAUAUAUGUAUGCGCUCUACAAUUUUCAUAAGGCUGUAAAACUUAAAACUGGCUAUGCUACGUCUAUUAUAGAUAGCCCACUUAUCAAAGCAACGAACUUUUCCUCACAUUUUGUGAAUCUAUCAUUAUUGUAUUAUCUGUGUGAAUAAACUUGAAACUUA